AUGGAGUCUGCCCCCCUGCUCGCCUCUUAUCAAGACCCCGAUGAGUUCCCUACUGUUCUCGUCGGGAAGAAGAUCUUGCUAGCCACGGAAUCCUGGGGUCCCGUCAACGGCGUCAGUCGCACUACACGCAGUUUGGUCGAGUACCUACGGGACCACGGGGCCGAGCUCAUUUUGGUCGCACCGCAUUUCAAGGGCGAUACGACGAAACAUGUCACCAACGUCUGGGAGCGCCGCCUCCCCGGGUGCGCUUUGCCUUAUAAUCCAGAUCUGACCGUGGUCUAUCCAUUUAAUAUCAAUGAUGUCUAUCGUCAAUCCUUUGAGCCCGACAUUGUCUACCUUGCCAGUCCGGCCUCGCUCGGGUUCCAAAUGCUGCUACAGGUUCGCCAGUUGCGAUCACCUCCACCCGUCGUGCUCAACUUUCAGACGGAUCUCUCUGCCUACUCGGAGAUUAUGCUGCCUGCGCCCCUCGAUCAGUUUGGCGUCUGGCUGCUGGCUGUUGUGCAGGGCUUUCUGUUCCGUUCGCGCGCGGUUCACACCAUCUUCUAUCCCUGUUCUGCCAUUCGCCAGUACCUCGAACAUGCGGGUGCCCCGACAGACCGAUUGGUCCAGCUGGGUCGGGGUGUCGACACCGCAAUGUUCACGCCAACACAACGUGACGAGGCUUACCGUUGUCAAAUUGCUCCGGCGGGCGAGAUCAUUCUCAUCUGUGUUUGUCGCAUUGCUCCGGAGAAAGGGUUCGAGUUCCUGGCGCAAGUCGCCUCGAAGCUGGCAGCAGACAAAAUACCCUUCAAGCUGCUGAUUGUGGGUGGGAACCGUAACCCGGUGGUCGAGAACAAUGUGAAGCGUUUGUUUGACAGUGUCAGCAAGCAUGUUGUCUUCACCGGUUUCCUCACGGGCGUGGCACUGGCUCGAGCCUAUGCCUCGGCCGAUUUGUUCCUGCAUUGCUCCAUCACCGAGACAUUUGGGCUAGUGGUGCUCGAAGCGAUGGCCAGCGGUCUACCAGUUAUUGCCCGGGAUCAAGGCGGCCCAUCUGAUAUUAUUCACUGGGUAUCUCGUUCCGCCCACGACCUCGACCAAUUCACCAACCUGACCCGCGAUGUAUCUCAUGAUGCUGCGCUGCGCGCAGCUCUGACGAUUGCCGCGCGGCAAUACGCAGACGACACGACCUGGGAGAAGAUCAACCGUCGAGCCGCCUGGCAGCUGGCGGAGGCGCUGACACACACCGACCAGGAGUCGCACAGUCCUCCAUCACAGGCUCGGCCCGGAAUUAUCGCGCAAGUGUCGGAACAAAUCCGACUGGGACUCGCCGUGGGGAUUGUCUAUGGGAUGUGGCUCAUUGCGGUCGUGCCACUGAUUGUUCAUGGACACCGCUUCAUUCCCCGUGCGUGGCAGGCCCUGCAGGACCAGUUCCAGUGUACUCGACCGUUGCGAGGCUGA